ACAUUGGCAGCACUGGCAAUAUUAGAAUACUUGUUAUUGUAAACAACAAAUUGGAAUCAGCUGUUUAAGUGAGUGCGUGAGUCUGUCAAUAUGCACGAUUUACCCAAGAAACUGGCUAUAAGUUUAAAUGUUGUUAAAAAGUAUGAGUGGUUACUUAAUUCUUAUGUAUCGGACUUUUAUGUGGACAAUCAUUGGAACAAACUUCCUUUGAGCUGGCAAAGUCAAUUAGAAAAGUUACCAGUGGAGGUGCUGGCUGAAUUGCUGCAGAGUGAUGACAAUGAGUUGCGGCCUACACGUGUUGCCUGGCCCUUGGAACUGCUGGCCCUGCGUCAGGUGUUGCGAACUUUGAACAUUAGCAGGACACCAAAACGACAGCUAGAAAUUGAAUUGCCAAGUUGUCCACUGCUGGAGCAUCGCAAGCUGAAGUUCAUGUUCAUGAAGUGCGUGAAGCCAAAAAAGUCACGCGAAAUCAAGAGAAUGGCGGCAAUUUGUGCCCGAAGCUGUCAACAGACUGCAACUAACUUCGUGGUUGACUUUGGAGCCGGCGUGGGACACUUGGCUCGCAUACUGGGCUACGGUUAUGGCAUUAAAGUAUGCUGCUUGGAAAUGCAGCCGGCAUUGAAUCAACAAGCCGUAGCUAUUGAUGCCAAGUUGGAGAGCAUGGCUCAUAAAUUCCUUGAAGCCCAUGAAAUAGAGCACUUUAAACGGCCCGCACAUCUGACCCAGCGUCUGAGCAGCAGCACAAAGCCCGCGGAGUUCAUCGAGAGCAUUCGCGAGGCUUUCCAGUUGCCAGCCGGAGACUUUCAAUUUGGUAUCAUUGGCCUGCAUCCCUGUGGCGAUCUGGGAGCGACGUUAAUGCGUUUGUUUCUCAACUGCGAGCAGGCGAAGUUUCUUAAUUUCGUUGGCUGUUGUUACCAAAAGAUGAGCACGCGACAAACACAGCCUCAAAUGGAGUUACAUGGUUAUCCGAUCAGUUCGCAACUGCGGCGACAACUACAUUGCCACGACGAUUGCCAGCUUAGCUAUGAGGCACGGGAAAUUGCUUGUCACGCGAUUGAAGUGUAUUACGAUCGCCUCACUGCCGAUCAAUAUGAAUAUCUAAAGAUUCACUCACUUCGUGCCGCAGCCGAGCGGAUCAUUGUGCAUAAUUUUCCCGAUCAACGGCAUUCUGCUCUCCGCAAUGUGAAGCAUUCACCUGGCAUGAGUUUUAAUGAUUACUUUCGGCGUGCAAUCGAUGGUACGAAAUUCGAAGCGCUGAAGACUACGCAGCUUGACAACAAACAAAUUGAGAGUGAUUUAUUGCACUGGGAACGCAUUGUGUGCUUCUAUACGUUGCGUCUUAUGCUGGCACCACUCGUGGAGAGCAUUAUUCUAUACGAUCGUGCUUUGUUUCUGCUGGAAAGCGGCUGCCAGGUUAAUAUUGAAGCCAUUUUUGAUCCCCGAAUUUCUCCAAGAAAUCACAUAACCAGUGCCAUUAAAAGUUAACUUUUGACAUGUAGAUUCAUUCUAUAUAUAUUUUUUUAUAUGAUAUAUAUUGACAAUAUAAU